UACUUUCUUCUUUGAAAUUAUAUGUUCAUAAAAAUUUGGGGAUACUUCUGCAACGGGAAACCGGUCGUAACCCCAAUCUUCCUUUUCAAUUUUCCCUAAUUUUCACCCCCAUUUUCCUCGUCAAAUCCUCGUCUGACUCUCUUGCCUCUGUUCGUCUCUUUGACUAUUUUUUUUUUCCAACCCGAAAAGGCUCUCUGGCUUUCUGAGCUUCAAGGGUUAAGGCAGUGGGAACGUGGAACUUAACAAUAUAAAGUUUCAGGUUUGAUAAUUACGAUUUGAUGGACAAUAAUAAUUGGAGACCUAUUCAAGGUGGAGAACCCACAAUGGAAACAAGUGACUGGAGGACUCAGUUGCAGCCAGAUUCACGUCAGCGAAUUGUCAACAAGAUAAUGGAUACGUUGAAGAAGCAUCUUCCCUUCUCUGGUCAAGAAGGAUUGCAUGAACUCAAGAAAAUCGCUGUAAGGUUUGAGGAAAAGAUUUAUACUGCUGCCACAAGCCAGUCAGAUUAUCUACGGAAAAUUUCUUUAAAAAUGCUCUCAAUGGAGACUAAGUCUCAGAACACAAUGGCCAGUCCUUUGCCAUCCAAGCCAGAUCCAGGAUCUCUUGGCAUGCAGUCUCACGUUCACAAUCAGGCACAAUCUCUUCCUAUGCAAAUGGUAGCUAACCCGUCUCAACCUCGCCAACAACUUUUAUCACAGAACAUUCAAAACUCUGCUGGAGGACAAAGUUCUGCUGGCUUAUCAUCUGCUCUUCCGCCUGCAUCUAGCUUGGCCCAGCCUUCUGUUCCAAGUGUCGUCAGCCAAAAUCCAAACAUGCAAAAUAUGCCUGCCACUUCACAGAAUGCGGUAGGGAAUACCAUGGGCCAAAGUGUACCUUCGAAUAUGUUUGCGAGGCAAAUGCCAGGAAGGCAACAAGUGCUUCCCCAGCAACAACAGCAGCAGCAGCAGUCCCAAAAUCAGUCUCAGUAUAUAUACCAGCAGCAGCUACACAAUCCACUAUUGAAGCAGAAAUUUUCACAGGCAAAUAUCCCACAAACAAUGAUACAAGCCCAUAUCCAGCAGCAGCAGCAGCAGCAACAACAGCAGAAUCUAUUACAGCCAACUCAGUUGCAAUCUUCUCAGCAAACUGUUAUGCAAACAUCAUCUGCAAUGCAAUCAUCUCUUUCUAGUCUUCAGCCAAAUCAGCAGCCAACAAAAUCCAUGCUUCAGCAACAUCAGCAAUCAAUUCUCAGGCAACCGCAACAACCUCAACAAUCUUCUGUUGUUCACCAACAACAAACAUCAAUGGCACAGCAGGCAAUAUUACCCCCACAGCAGCAGCAGCAGCAGCUUAUGGGUCAACAGCCAAAUGCUACAAACAUGCAACAGAAUCACUUAAUUGGGCAACAAAACAAUGUUGGGGACAUGCAGCAGCAACAGAGGUUGCAGGGCCAGCAGAAUAAUCUUUCAAACCUGCAACACCAGCAGCAGCAGCAGCAGCAACAGCAGCAGCAGCAGCAGCAACAACAACAACAGUUUAUGGCUCAGCAAAGCAACCUAUCAAAUAUGCAUCAGCAACAGUUGGGCCCUCAAAGUAGUGUAACUGGAUUGCAGCAACAGCAGCAGCUGCUUGGUAGCCAGACUGGGAACUCAAGCAUGCAAACUAAUCAGCACUCAGUGCACAUGCUGCAACAAUCGAAGGCUCCAGGGCAGCAACAACCUCAGCAGAGUGCAUCUACUCUGUUACCAACUCAGGGACAGCAGUCACAACCACAACAAUCACAGCAGCAAUUAUUGUCGCAGAUUCAAUCACAGGCCCCACAAAUGCAGCAGCAGUUAGGUUUGCAGCAGCAGCCAAAUCCACUACAACGAGACAUGCCACAGAGGCUUCAGCCAUCAGGUCAAGGUCCAGGAUCCUUGCUUCAACAGCAGAAUGUAAUUGAUCAGCAAAAGCAGUUAUAUCAAUCACAAAGAGCUCUUCCAGAGACGUCAUCAACGUCUCUAGAUUCAACGGCCCAGACAGGACAUGCAAGUGGGGGUGAUUGGAAAGAGGAAGUCUAUCAAAAGAUCAAGAGCUUGAAGGACUUGUAUUUUGCUGAUAUGAAUGAAAUGUCCCAGAAAAUUGCUCUUAAAUUGCAGCAGCAUGAUUCCCUUCAACAACCCAAAACAGAGCAGCUUGAGAAGCUAAGAUUAUUUAAGGCUAUGUUGGACAAAAGUAUGGCAUUUUUACAGCUUAACAAAAAUAGCAUUUUAAUAGGUCACAAGGAUAAAUUGCCUUUGUAUGAGAAGCAGAUAGUAAGUUUUGUCAGUUCAAAUAGGCCCAGGAAACCUGCUUCUUCAUUGCAGCAAGGACAGCUCCCACCACCUCAUAUACAGUCCAUGCUGCAGCCACAAUCUCAAAUUAACCAAGUUCAAGCCCAUGAAAACCAAAUUAACCCUCAGUUGCCAUCAAUGAAUGUGCAAAGUUCUGUUUCAACAAUGCAGCAGAAUAACAUUUCGAGUCUACAGCAGAAUUCUGUGUCUUCUUUAUCCGGGGUUUCAUCAACACAGCAAACUAUGAUUAAUUCACUGCAGUCAAACUCCAAUCUGGAUUCAGGACAAGGAAAUUCACUGAACUCGAUGCAGCAGGUUGGCAUGGGAUCUAUGCAACAAGCUCCUGCAAGUGCUCCUCAACAGGCAAACAUUAAUGUCUUGUCAUCACAGAAUGGAGUUAAUGUGCUUCAACCAAACAUGAAUUCCCUCCAAUCCACUUCUGGUAUACUUCAACACCAGCAGCUGAAACAACAGCAGGAAAUCUUGCAGUCACAGCAGCAGCUCAAACAACAGUUUCAACACCGACAAAUGCAGAAUCAGAUAUUGCAGCAGAAGCAACAACAACUACUUCAGCAGCAGCAGCAGCAGCAGCAGCAGCAACAGCAGCAGCAACAACAGCAGCAGCAACAGCAACAGCAAUUACAGCAGCAAACAAAGCAGCAGCUGACUGGACAGCUGCCACCACACCAGCAGCAAAUGCCUCAGCUUCAUCAAGUUAAUGAUGACUUGAAGAUGAGACAGAGUCUGGGUGUUAAGUCGGGGGUCUUUCCACAACAUGUCUCAUCUGGUCAGCGUCCUUCUUAUCCUCAUCAACCAUUGAAAUCAGGAUCUCCAUUUCCUAUCCCUUCAAAUCAACUCCUUCAGGCUGCAUCUCCUCAAAUACUACAGCAUUCUUCUCCACAGGUUGACCAGCAAAACCUGCUCACAUCUCUCACAAAAGCAGGAACUCCUUUGCAAUCUGCUAACUCACCCUUUGUUGUCCCAUCACCUUCAACUCCCUUGGCACCAUCCCCUAUGCCUGACCCUGAAAAACCCAUGUCAGGUGUUUCCUCACUUUCAAAUACUGGAAAUAUUGGACAGCAACAAACUGCAAAUGUUGGUGUAACAGCCUCCUCUAUUGCCAUUGGCACUCCUGGAAUAUCAGCUUCCCCUCUGCUAGCGGAGUAUAGUGGUCCAGAUGGCACUCAUGGUAAUACUUUAGCAUCUGUUUCUGGCAAGUCAACCAUUACAGAGCAGCCUCUCGAACGUUUGAUCAAAGCGGUAAAAUCGAUGUCACAAAAGGCAUUAUGUGCCUCUGUCAGCGACAUUGGCUCAGUUGUAUGUAUGACUGAUAGGAUAGCAGGAUCAGCACCGGGUAAUGGAUCUAGAGCUGCAGUUGGUGAAGAUUUGGUUGCCUUGACAUUGUGUCGUCUGCAAGCAAGAAAUUUUAUCACUCAGGAUGCAACAAAUGGGACAAGGAAAAUGAGGCGCUAUACGAGUGCCAUGCCCUUAAAUGUCGUGUCAUCGGCUGGUAGCAUAAAUGAUAGUUUUAAGCAGUUGAAUGGUUCAGAAACAUCUGACCUGGAGUCUACAGCAACAUCUGGUGUCAAGAGGCCGAGGAUUGAGGCUAAUCAUGCCCUUUUAGAAGAAAUAAGGGAAAUAAAUCAGCGACUCAUUGACACGGUUGUUGAUAUUAGUGAUGAAGAUGUUGAUCCAAGUGCUGCUGCUGCUGGUGCUGUUGAAGGGGGUGAAGGAACCAUUGUCAAGUGCUCUUUCAGUGCCGUGGCUCUUAGUCCCAACUUGAAAUCUCAGUAUGCGUCAGCUCAAAUGUCACCAAUUCAACCUUUAAGAUUGCUUGUUCCCACAAAUUAUCCCAACUGCUCCCCAAUACUCUUGGACAAAUUUCCUGUUGAAGUCAGCAAGGAAUAUGAAGAUAUUUCAGUAAAAGCCAAGUCAAGGUUUAGCAUAUCUCUACGGAGCCUGUCGCAGCCAAUGUCGCUGGGUGAGAUAGCAAGGACUUGGGAUGUUUGUGCUCGAGCUGUUAUUUCCGAGCAUGCGCAGCAGAGUGGUGGAGGCAGCUUCAGCUCAAAAUAUGGAACUUGGGAGAACUGUUUGAGCGCUGCUUAAUCAUCUCUCAAACAAAAUUUUCAUGUUUUGUAAUAACAAUUUACUUUUUGUAUCUAUUGUUCGAACUUUUCUUUUUCGUUUGAUUACAUUAAUCCGUGAUUUAAUACAUAUUUAAAAGGUAUGUAUUAAUGUGUAUAAAAGUCAUGUUAAUUGGA